CUCUCCGAGUCCUUGUUGACUUGGUCGGUCCUGUUUACAAACAAGACCCCUUGAGCUAGUGGUUCUUCGCCCUAAUUACCUACUCUACCAAACUUUGCGCGACGACUCACUCGUCUCCCUCCCUCUUCCUCUACCGGCUGCUGCCCCUCCAUUGUUGUCGCCAUACCCCUUUGCGCCCUCUUGCGCCGGUCAGCAUAACCCCCGCCGUCUGCUUCGCUCUCUUGCGCGCAGUCGCACUCGGUCUUCAAGACUCACCCUAGGACAACAGGUCCCUUUUACAACCUUGCCUCAAGGUUACCGGACUCGGCCAUUCUCUGGUAGAAAGGGCUCGAGUACGGUAUUCCCUUGACCACAUCAACAACCUCCAUGCCGUUAGUUAUUGCCCUUCCUACCAGUCAGCGUCAACCUGUCUCUCGACGGUCGCUUUCGCGCCGUCCUGUUUCCCGUCGUCGACCCCUCCCCUCCCCCUCCCGCACUUGCGCCCCAUCUAGUGUUUCCGUCGCAUCCAAAAUGGCUGAAGGCAACACUGACGUCCUCCUCUCUUUUAGAAAAAUCACCGUCAAUCAUAGGACGGGCGCGGAACACCAGCACUACAUCUCCGACGAAGAAGACUCGUCUGGCGUCCAGGUCUCGUCGGGAAGCCAAGAGGAAGAAUACUUUGACUCAGACGAGGAAGAAGAGGAGGACGACUGGGACUACAUCGAAGACGACAUCGAACCCUCAGACUCGGCCUCGCGACCUCGCCAGGUAAAGCACCACCACGUCCCCAUCCCUCCUCCCGCCCCAGCUCCUCGACCGCAACCCCCACGACGAAAAUCCUCUCGUCCUCCUGUUCCACACGCCCCCUCCGUUCACGAGCCUCCCUCUCGCCAGAGGUCCCAGAGCAGACACACAACCCUGGAGCGCGAACCUAGACGGCGGCGGCCCAGGCCCCAAUCCGUCCACAGGCCCCAAUCCGACCAUUCGGAUAGCCUAGACGGGCAGGACGACUACCCGUACGCGCCACGGGGCGGUGCCCCUCCACCCCCAGGCCCGCCUCACCAUCCCAGCUCUCAAUGGUCGCACAUCCCCCACCAGGCAACUCCGAGUGGUUACGCGCCCAGCUCCAUGUCCUUCGCACAUAAUCCGUUCACCGGUGGAGGACCGCCAGGUCCUGGAGGGAAUGCGCUCGUGCCGUUCGCAAGUCCAAAUGAUCCCUAUGGCUACAGCCAGAAUCCCUUCGCUGCUGGCGGUGCCAAUCCCUUCACGGGCGGCCCGGGAGGUCCUCCUCCCCCAGGCGGUCCCGGAUACUUUGACCCCAUGGGCCCAGGAGCUCCCGGAGGCCAGGGUCCACAAGGCCGCGGCGGACGGGGACACCGCAACUCCAUGCCUCCCAUGCCGUCCAACGAGAUGAUGCCGUUCUACGCAAACAACGGCUACUAUCCGCCGUAUGGAGGCUCGCCAUACGGUAUGCCACCAGGUAUGCCCCCUGGCAUGGGCGGUAUGCCUUUCCCGCCUCACUAUGGACUGCCGUCGCAUCAUUCUCCUCCGCCUCCCCACCCUUCGUCGAAGAAAUCAACUCCUGGACCUCAUCACGAUGGCCACCACCACGAUGGUGCCAUGGCACCUCCCCCUCCCCCUCCCCCUCCCCCUCCACCACCACCACCGCCACCUCCGCCACAAGCUAUGGUGCCCCUUCCCCCGCCUCCUCCUCCGCCGCCGCCACCACCACCACAGCCCGACCCGAAGGAGGAGAUGAUGCUGAGCAAGCUAGAGAGGCUGCUCCUUUUCAAGCAGGCCGAAGACGAGAAGAAAGCCGAGGAGGAGCGAAAGGCCGCCGAGAAUGCCAAAUUCAGCAGGCUCGAGGAUCUCCUCAUUGCCGAAAAGACGGCCCGCAUCGAGAAGGAUGAGGCGAAGCGAAAGGCCGCAGCGGAUGCCGCAGCAGCUGCAGCAGAGGCGAAGAAGAAGGGCGACGAAGACAAGCUCGAGAAGUUGGAGAAGCUCAUCUUAGCCCAGAAAGAGGAGCAAUUGAAGAGAGAGGCAGCGGCUGAGGCCGCCCGACAGGCCGAGAAGGCGGACGCAGACGCCAAAGCCAUCAAGGUGGCCGCGGAGAAGGCAGCAGCCGCCGAAACGGCAGCGAAGUUGCUCGAUGCUGCCAAAGCGGCCAGAGAAGAGGCCGAGGCCAAGGCAGCAAAGGAGGCCGAAGAAACCAAGGCUGCCCACGAGAAGGCCAUCGCCGAAGCCAAAGCAGCCGCUGAGGAGCUCGAGAAGGCUAAGAAGGCCGCCGAGGAAGAGGCUGCGAAGCUGAAGCCCAGCGACGCGCCCAAGCCUCCGAUCCGAUUCAAGGAUGCGGUUGGUCGUAAAUUCAGUUUCCCCUGGGCGAUCUGCAAGACGUGGAAGGGAAUGGAGGAGCUCAUCAGACAAGCCUUCCUCCACGUCGAAGUCAUUGGCCCCCACGUUCUUGAGGGUCACUACGACUUGGUCGGACCGGAUGGCGAGAUCAUCCUGCCUCAGAUUUGGGAGACUAUGAUCCAGCCCGACUGGGCCAUCACCAUGCACAUGUGGCCGAUGCCAGAGCCUCCGCCGCCGCCUCCUGAGCCCGUUCUGCCUCCACCACCACCGCAGGGAUACAUGAUGCCGCCACACAAGAAGAGCAGCAGCAAAGACAAGAAGAAGAAGCGCGACUCGCACAUGCACAUGGCUCCUCCCCCACCUCCACCUCCACCCCCUCCGCCUCACCACGCAACGGCUCCGCUGCCUCCUCCUCCGAUCGAGAUCAUACCGCAGCCCAUGAUCAUUGGCGAAUCGCAGGCUCCAAGGCGAAAGGAGAAGGCGGUGGCUGCUUCGCCGUUCAUGAGGUGGGCAGCAGGUGGUCGGACGCAGUCCACAAAGAAAUCCAAGAAGCCUUAGGGUCUUGCGUCUCUGAUGACCGCAAUAACCAACGAACAUUGCAAUGAAUCUCCUUCUGACAUGUCUGUAUCUUUUUCGCGAGCUCGACGUUGGAUUUCCUCGUUUUCUCCUGCCGCCUUCAUACGAUAUCCCCAAUUUCCUACUUUUCUCUUCGCUUUCUUCCCUUGGCACGGCUUGUACUCGGCGUGGGUAUUUGUCAGAAGAGAGGGGCUCUGCAUCUUCCUUUUGGGUGUCCCGGUCCUCCCUGUCCUUUUGAUUCUUUUCGAGCCAUGUAACCAUGCGGGUUUGCAUA